AUGAGUUCGCCGCUGUUCUUUGGGCAUUUGGUCGGGGUUCCAGUCGAACCAAUGGAUCCCGGUGCCCCGGAGAAAGACACGACUCGCACCAAGAUUUUUGUCGGCGGGUUGCCGUAUCACUCGGACGACGCCUCACUUUUGAAAUAUUUCGAGACUUUCGGGGACGUCGUCGAGGCGGUGGUGAUCACCGACAAACACACGGGCAAGUCCCGAGGAUACGGCUUUGUGACCAUGGUGGACAGCACGGCUGCAGAGCAGGCAUGCAAAGAUGCAAACCCCAUCAUUGAUGGAAGGAAGGCCAACGUCAACCUAGCGUACCUAGGAGCCAAACCGCGCUGCCCACAUACAAGUCUAUCUGCCGGGGUUCAAGUCCAACAAUUCCACCCUGCAUGGGCUCAAAGGCACUACGACUUAGCUCAUCCUUACAUCUACCCUCCAGCAAUCCUGCAGCCCAGCCUGAUGCUGCCGUCCACCAUGAACCAUCCCUACUUUACUCCCUCAGGAUUGGAGCACUACCCCAUCAGCCCUUCUCCAUUGCCCUAUCUCAGCUACGGCUUUUCACCCGGAAUUCCUACACCCGCUUUCGUUGCAUCCCAGACUCCACCCGCUGCCGCCCCUUCACCUUUAGCUAUGUUUUCUACCUUGCCCGGCAUUGCGCAGGUCACAAUCCCUAACUUCGUGCACCAGUGCCAUCGCUCGCAGUGA